AUGUCGACAGUCACAUUCCUCCCGUCUCAAAUCGGCGGCGCUAGAGGCAACGCCCAACCAGUGCCCAUCCCCAAUACUGGCAACCCGUUUAAGCUACUAGGUAGCGAUAUUAUCCUCUUCAUCAAGUGCAAGAAACACCUGCUCGGGAUCCUCUCGCCAUGGUAUCCCUGGCCAACUGGCCCCCUUGACGAACUCUAUCCCUCGCCAGCGAAUCUCUUCUGCCUAGGCGUCCACGGCUUCCUUUUCCUCUACCAAGCUGCCUUCAUCGUCGCCGUGAUAUUAUCCUUCAUCCUGCACGCGCCCUUGCCAUGGUUCGUCGCCGGCGCCGGGCUGGCGCUCGCAAUCAACUGGGCUAUCUGCCGCUACCUUCUUAACGGCCCCCGCCGAGUCCUGCACUCCACGGUGGACCUGAGCAGAGAAAAACAGCACCCCAAAGAAUUCUGGAUCUUCCUCAACGGCGUCACCAUCGGCUCGCACUGGCUGCAACAGAACCUGAAUCGGCUCGCCUACACGUUCCGCCGCCCGAUCACAGGCGUGCACAACAUGACCGCGGGCCUCAUCUUCGACAUCGUACAGUGCCUCACUGAGCGCAAUUUCUCGUACUCGACGCAGGACGUCCGAGAUGGGUACGUACAGAUCAAGCAGGCCCUGCUGGACGAGCGCUACGAGAAGGUUGUCUUCAUCCUGCACAGUCAGGGCGGCAUCGAGGGCGGGCUGAUUGUCGACUGGCUGCUGGCCGAGGUGCCGCAGGACUGCAUGCGCAAGCUCGAGGUGUACACGUUUGGAUGCGCGGCGAACCACUUCAACAAUCCGCACCAGACGCGCGGCGGUCAGCGGGCGGCGGAGGCGCAGGCGGAUAGGGAAGAGCCCGGGUGCGGGCACGGCAGCAAGGUCAUUCGGCAUAUCGAGCACUACGCCAACGACGGGGAUCUCGUCGCCCAGUGGGGGCUGGUCAAUUUCAUCCGCGUCCCCAAUCGAUUCAUGGGGACGCUUUUCCAGCGAAGGGGCGGGGGCCAUCUGCUGAAUCUGCACUACCUGCACGCCAUCUUCCCGCUGGACAACAGAAUGCGCGUGUUGGAGAACAACGAGUUCAUGGAUGCGCCGGUUAGGUUUGACCCGGAUGGCGUGGCGGCUGACGCAAGAGACGGCGAGGUUGCGAGCCUGCAGGUGCCGGAGGCGGAGGUCGUGAAUAUCAAUUCGCCGGUGGAUGUUAUGUCGCCACGAUCGCCUACAAACGGCGAGGGCAUGACGUACAGAGUUAGGGACUUUAGCCGGUUGUGGAGGUACCGAAAUGGAGGGAGCCCGCAAGACUGA